AGACAUUUCUUAUAUAUAAGGGGGUAGUGUCUCAGUUUCAAAAACCAAUUUUCAAAGAAAUCAAGAACAAGACAGAAAUCCAGUGAGUCAUGGCCAUGCCAGUCUCGAGUAGCUUCUCUAUUGAUGAUGAGAAAUAUGAUGAUGAUGGAGUCAUAAAAAGAACAGGAACAUGGGUGACUGCGAGUGCGCACAUUGUGACGGCUGUGAUUGGAUCUGGAGUGUUGUCAUUGGCAUGGGCUGUUGCACAAUUGGGAUGGAUUGUUGGGACUAUUAUUCUUCUGCUCUUCUCCUUUAUCACUCUCUUCACUUCUCUUCUUCUUGUAGGUUGCUAUAGGUAUCCUGAUCCUAUUUAUGGAAUCAGAAAUCCUACCUACAAAGUGAUGGUGAAAAAUAUUCUAGGAGAAUUUCAAUGCAAGCUUUGUGCAUUGGCUCAGUACACAAAUCUUGUGGGUGUUACCAUUGGUUUCACUCUCACAGGAGCCAUUAGCAUGGAGGCCAUACAAAAAUCAAACUGUUUCCAUAAGAAUGGCCAUGAUGCAGACUGCACUUCAUCCAGCUAUCAGUUUAUGACAAUCUUUGGAAUCUUUCAGAUUUUACUCAGCCAAAUCCCUAACUUCCAUGAACUUUCAUGGCUCUCUAUUAUUGCUGCUGUCAUGUCUAUUGGUUAUUCCUUCAUUGGCAUUGGUCUUUCCAUAGCAAAGAUUGCAGUAGAAGGAAAAAUUGCCCAUACAGGUCUUACAGGACAAGUUAUUGGAGUGGAUGUCACUCGCCGAGAGAAGAUGUGGAAUAUUUUCCAAGCAAUCGGAAACAUAGCGUUCGCAUAUUGUUUCAGUGUGGUCAUUGUUGAGAUACAGGACACUUUAAAAUCAAGUCCGCCAGAAAAUCAAGCUAUGAAGAAAUCAACCUAUUCUGCAGUUGCAAUCACCACAUUCUUCUAUGCAAUGUGUGGCCUUCUAGGUUACGCCGCAUUCGGGAACCAGUCACCUGGAAAUUUCUUAACCGGAUUUGGUUUUUACGAACCAUACUGGCUCAUUGACAUUGGCAACAUUUUAAUUCUCAUUCACCUCGUUGGAGCUUAUCAGGUCUUCGCACAACCUAUAUUUUCUGCUGUGGAAAGUUGGGGCAGCAAGCGAAGUCCACAAAGCAAAUUGAUGACAAAGGAAUAUAACAUAAGAAUCCCAUUGGUUGGAACAUGGAGAGUGAACAUGUUCAAGGUGAUAUGGAGGACAAUGUAUGUGAUAAUAACAACAUUGAUUGCUAUCAUAUUUCCAUUCUUCAACAACGUUGUUGGUUUGCUCGGAGCUUUCUCGUUCUUUCCAUUGACAGUGUAUUUUCCAACAGAGAUGUACCUAACAAGAGCUAAAGUACAGAAAUAUUCUGUUGCAUGGAUUGCGAUAAAAACUCUAAGUGUGUUUUGCUUGAUGGUCUCUAUUGUUGCUGCAGUUGGAUCAGUGGAAGGAAUUAUCUCAGACCUCAAGACUUAUAAGCCAUUAAAGGCUACUUAAACCCUCUUUUCUAGCAUAUCUUGAAUAAAAUAAAUCUUGAAGUUCUUAUGUCAAAGAAUAAUAAUGAAGUUGUUGCAACAAAUGUAAUGUAUUUAUAUCUAUGAGAUUUUGUGAAUUAA